UCUUGUUGCAGACUACCUCUCAAGAAACAGGUACAAUGAAAGAGAUAUUGGCUAUGAUGACCAAUCUUUGCCAAAAGAUGGAAAAAAUAGAAACAGAAGUACAAAUAUUGAAAGAAACAGCUAAAAGUCAGCAGCAUGACUAUAAAAAUGCGGAGCUACGUCAUUCGGCACACGGAAAACAGCCAGAGCUAAAAGGAGAUGUUGGGAAACUCAAUAAAACCCAUGACAAUGUUUGUUCAAAUACAGCUGCAGGUACAAGCAAGAAAGCUAGUGAGAAACCAAAGAAUACAAACCUAAACCAGUUAUUCAUAAAACCAUUUAUCCAAAAUACACAAAUACAGAUACCCUUAGAACCACAAACUUCCACAUAUGCAGUUAGUAUACAAAGUGACAAAAAGAGAUACAACUACAUUGCACAGUCAUAUAUCGAAAACAUAUAUAAGAUCCAAACACAUUUAAACUUAAACCCGAGAUCUACACAAACCAAAAAUCCAGAAGAAGAUUAUAUAACCCAGAAAAUACAGGGAUAUAAUAGAUUAAUCGCACAACCCAAAACUACUCCAAAUUUAGUUAGAACAUGUUAUAACCAUGGGUUACUAAAUACAGUAUAUACAUAUAAUGGAGAAGAGAUAAGUGGAAUACCAGAAUUAUACAAAGCAUUUGUGACAUACAAAAGAGUUACUAAAGGAAAUUUAUUUUAUAUUAAGUUUUAUACAGCACCUGCUGAGAUACUAUACGAAGAAAUCAAGUCGCCAAUUCAAGUUAUAAAGUUAGGUCUGACUAGAGAUAUGAUAAUACCAAAAGAAAUAGAAAAACAAGCUGAAAUACCGAAGAUAGAGAUACCAAACUUUUAUGCAAAUAAAAGGAUAAUUGGUAUAGCAACAAUUAUACAAGAACUAGCUAACAAUUAUUUAAAUGGCAAUGCUAUUUGGAGUUACUAUGCAAGAGAUCAAGUUAUGAUUUAUUCAAACUCCAAGGAAUUAAGAAGAUCAGAUAUGGAUGAAGUCCAGCGAUGGAUUUUAUCAUUAUUAAAGCCAGAAGAACAACCUACAACGAGAGCAUUAAAAAAGGAAUUUAUUUCAGAAGAGUUAUUAGUCAUAUAUUGUAAGCUUAUUGGAAACAAAUACCCAGAUCAUAGAUGCUCCAAAUGUAACGUAGAAGAUAAUGUCAUUCCAGAUGUCGACUUGGAAUAA